UUCAAAACCGCAGGCAGUGGGGGAAAAGGAAUCCCCGCACGAGCCUCAACUCUUUCUCCUUUUCUUUCCCUUCUCUCUCUCUCCCCCCCUCCCUCUAGAAUUUAUAAUGGUAGCUUUGUAACCCGGCGUCUCCGGGGUUGCAGGUCCGAAAGGCCUCCGUUUCUUUAGUGUUUCGACCAUUUGGAUCUCUCUCUCUCUCUCUCUCCCUCUUAUACUUUUCUCGAGUGUCAUUUUCUCAUAUAUACUUCCUUUCUCUAAGGGUAGACCUCAAAUUCUUUCCAAGUGGGCUUCCUUUCUUCAUGCCUCCCCCCAUCCACUAAUGCUAUUCAUUGAGCUUGAUAACUCCUCCCUUCCUCUCUCACUCACCCUCCUUACCCUCUCCUAAAGCUCUCCUUUCAGUCCUUCCAGCAAAACAAGGCACCUAAUUGGCCAAGUAAGCUCUUAUUCUGGUUGCUCCUCUACUCUUUAAUCCUAGUGUCACUACCAGACAGCAAGCUGAAUCUAAUUUCUCUCUCUCUAGAUUGUGUUUGCUGGAUCAUGUCGUAUAAGAGCGAAAGGAGGAGAGAACAAGUAUAGCUUGAGCUUCCAAAACAAAAUACCUUUACUACCUCCAUUUCUUUCCAAGAAAGAAAAGCUUUACCAUACUUGGCCUCUGUGGGAAAUUAGUCUUUCUGCUGAAGAAUAGAAGAGUCGGUCUACACCUCCUUCUCUUUCCCUUUAUCCAGAGAUCAAAUGGAAAGCACAAAAAGGGAGAUGAAGGAGAAUUCCUAUGAGAAUUGCUAGCGUUCGUGUUAUGGAAGCUGAAUUGCAGAAUAGGAAAGUGAGUUCAGUUGGCCAACAAUUCACUUAUUUGAGUGUGGAAGAGAAGGAGGAGAGGAGAGAGAAUAGAAUGCCACUUGAAGGUGUUCUCAUGGAAGCCACCUCGAUGCCGUCUCCUGACCUCUCCUUGCACAUCAGCCCGCCGAGCAGCACCCCUUCCUCGACCUCCGCCACUGCCGCUGCAGCCGUCGAGCAAGACCGCGGCCACGACCGAUGGCGGCGGGCCGACUCCCCGAAGUCCCGCCAUGACGGCUCCCACGCCUCCACCGAGCUCUCGCUCUCGCACCCUUCGGCUGCCUUGGAGGCCGGAUCGUCAGCUCCGCCGCCGCUGCUGAAUGACCGCACCCACAGCUUCACCGUCGGAAUUGGGUCGUCGGUCGACUCGUCCUCGGAGGGCUCGAGGCCAAUUAAAGGGAUCCCCAUCUACAACAGCACCCCUUUCCCCUUCCUCCCCAUGGACCACUCUAAGAUAGGAUUCUACCACCCCGUGUCCUCCUAUCCUCCACCGUGGUCCACCUCGCUAUGCUCCUCCUCGUCUUCGUCGUUGCCGCCGACCUCCUCAUUCGCCGCGUCCUCCAAUCCGGACCACGCGGCACCCUUUCUGCACCCUGCAGCCGGGGUUCCACCGCCAGUGGGCUCGUCGUACCACCACCAGAUGGUGGCAGCGCCGGCAAGGUUCAAUGGGUUCUCGUCGGAGUCAUUCAAGGCAGCAGCACACCACCACCACCAUCACCAUCAGUAUGGCAUGGGCUCGUUGGGCGCCUCACACAGCAUGAUGAGGUCGCGGUUCAUGUCGAAGCUCCCGGCUAAGAGGAGCGUGAGAGCCCCAAGAAUGAGGUGGACUAGCACCCUCCAUGCCCGCUUCGUCCAUGCCGUUGAGCUCCUCGGCGGGCAUGAGAGGGCUACUCCAAAGUCAGUUCUCGAGCUUAUGGAUGUGAAAGAUCUCACUCUAGCCCAUGUCAAGAGCCAUUUGCAGAUGUAUAGGACUGUGAAGACCACUGACAAGCCUGCAGCUUCCUCAGGUCAAUCCGACGGCUCCGGCGAAGAAGAUUUUGGCCCUGGAACCACUGAUCUAAACUUCCGACGGUUGAUCGAGCAGAGAGUGUCGGAUAGGCCUGUCCAACCACAUGAUAUGGACUAUUCUUCCAACACUGCUACUAAUACUCCUGGUGCUACUACAAGGUGGAACAACUCAUCAAGAGGAACAUGGCUGCAAACAAAUUUAAGUGACAUCGAUGGGCUUAGAUCAACAAUGUUGUCAUCUCAAGUUGAGGAUAGCAAUCCUUGCCGAUCCAAUGGUUUGCAUGUUUCUCAACAAGAGAUAAAAAACCCUAGCUUGGAGUUCACCUUGGGAAGACCAGACUGGUGUGGUAGAGAACAUGAUUGAUGCUAAUAAAGCCUAAUCCUGAUGGUUUUGGCUCACUUGUAUCAAAAAUGGAGGAGAAGAGAGAAGACAACGAGCUUAAUCCUUGCCUCACGAUACCCUCAUUGUCAUCAAAGACGGGAGGAGAAAGAGGGAAGCCUAUAUUAAUGAAUUUGAGGGUAUAGUGAGGCAACUUUGAUUGUACUGGCCACUCUCUCCUUUUCUUUUCUUCUUUUUCUGUCUCUGAACUACAGGCAUUGUGGAGUUAGGUGGCUAAAGCUGAAGUUGGAAGCUGUUAUACACGAUGGAAAUGGCAUAGAAGGAAAAGGAAUAUGUUCUAAUGAAGGAAUCUCGACAAUAUUACUUUUC